AUGGAAACAGAUAAUCAGACUUGGGUAAGUUCAUUCAUUCUCCUGGGGCUAUCUAGUGACUGGGGGACUCAGAUCUUUCUCUUUAUCCUUUUCCUGUCCAUUUACCUGCUGGCUCUUCUUGGAAACAUCCUCAUCAUUAUUCUUAUCAGACUGGAUACCCGGCUGCAUACUCCCAUGUACUUCUUCCUCACCAACCUCAACUUUGUUGAUGUCUCUUAUGCCACCAGCAUUGUCCCCCAAAUGUUGGCGCACUUCCUGAAAGAACAGAAAACAAUUCCAUAUGUGAGCUGUGCUGCCCAACUAUUUUUCUCACUGGGUCUAGGUGGGAUUGAAUUUGUUUUGUUGGCUACAAUGGCCUAUGACCGCUAUGUAGCAGUAUGUAACCCCUUGCGCUACUCAGCCAUCAUGCAUGUUGGCUUGUGUGCUAGGCUGGUGACUGCCUCCUGGGUCAGUGGCUCUCUGAACUCUCUCAUGCAGACAGCCAUCACUUUCCAGCUUCCCAUGUGUACAAACCGUGUCAUUGACCACAUAUCAUGUGAACUCUUGUCUUUAGUCAGAUUAGCCUGUGUGGACACCUCCUCCAAUGAGGUGGCAAUUAUGGCCUCUAGUAUCGUUUUGCUCAUGACCCCAUUCUUCUUGGUUCUGCUGUCUUAUAUCAAGAUCAUCUCUACUAUCCUGAAGAUCCAGUCCACAGAGGGAAGGAAGAAAGCCUUUCAGACUUGUGCCUCCCACUUGACAGUGGUGAUUUUGUGCUAUGGGAUGACCAUUUUCACUUACAUUCAGCCCCACUCAAGCCCCAAUAUCCUUCAAGAGAAAAUGAUCUCACUGUUCUAUGCUCUCUUAAUACCCAUGCUGAACCCUCUAAUUUACAGUGUGAGGAAUAAGGAAGUGAAGGGAGCUUGGCAGAAACUGCUAGGGCAAUUCUAUGAAUUAAAGUCCAAGCUGACAUCCUCAUGA